UUUUCUUGGUGGUGUGUGUUUUACUGGGUUGUGAUUGGUUUGAGGUUUGUGUUUCUGCAGGAAAAGUUGGUGUAGAGAAUUUGGAAAGUGUACAUUUUGAAAGCAGGCUUGAGGAUUGCGCGUUUUUGGUCUUCCUGCAAUGGGCAAAUCUCCAGCUAAAUGGAUUAAGACGGUUCUUUUUGGGAAGAAGUCGACCAAACCUCAUAUAUCAAAAGGAAGAGAGAGAAUUUCAAAUGAGAAAGAGGUGGUGGUUUCUGCUAGGGCAGCGGGACCUGAAUUUAUUGCAGAUCCACCUGUGGCUUUUCAAGAAAACACAAAUACCACAGAUAUCAAAGGGUUAGAAUUGGAGAACAAGGAUGCUCCAAGUGUAUUAGGUGAUGGGGAGCCAGGAAGCCAAAGUACAGAUUCACAAGGGUCUACACCACAAAUUGUAGCAUAUGAUCCUGAAAGAAUCAGGCAAGAGCAAGCUGCAACAAAGGCACAGGCUGCCUUUAGGGGUUAUCUGGCUCGCCGUGCCUUUUGGGCUCUCAAAGGCAUAAUAAGGCUACAAGCACUUAUCCGUGGGCACUUGGUUAGGAGACAAGCUGUUGCUACACUUUCCAGUAUGUUGGGCAUUGUCAAGCUACAGGCACGUAUUCGCGGUCGACAAGUCAGGCAGUCUAAUAUUGGGCUUGAAGUGCAAACAAGAUGCCGUGUGAUGCCUCUGGAGGGCAAGCUAGUGGAUCCCGGUAGAAUUGACAUCUCUACUCAAAUGGCAAAGCUGAUGGUUAAUACUUUCAUUAGUAAGCUACUUGCUUUCUCACCUACCGUCAUGCCUUUGCGCUUGCAUUUUGAACCUCGAGAUCCAAAUUCAGUCCCAAACUGGUUAGAACGUUGGUCAGCAACACAUUUUUGGAAACCACUUCCCCAACCAAGAAAAGUCCCAGAUUCAAAAUCUCAGAGAACACAUCGGGAUCCUCAAACAGGCAAAAUUAAGCGAAGCACCCGGAGGCUUCCGGCUGCAAAUGGUGAGAGUGUUUCGGUGCAAGCAACGUCUGAACCUGAGAAACCCAAACGUAUACUUCGGAAAGUUUCCAGCCAGCCAGCAGAUCCGGUGCUGGAAAAUCCACAAAUUGAGCUUGAAAAGGUUAAACGUAACUUGAGGAAGGUUCAUACUCCCAUAGAAGAGAAUUCUAUGCAGACAGAAGUUGAAGCUCAGAAUCUCAAGCAGAAUGUUGAAAAGGCAUCAAGUGCUUCGGGUCAUAACAUUUUUGAAGGGAUCACAGAUAAUUCUGUUGAGAAGAUGAUGAAAGAGCCAAUAGUUACUCUAUCCAGUCUACCUGAUGCAGAAAUAACUCCUGAACCAUCAGCAGAAAAAGAGACCUUUAACAUAUUAUCCCAUGAUCAGGUUGCAAUGGAUUUGAAGCCUGUGACAGAGGGCACUGGUAAAGAAAUGAAUAUACCUAGUGAGGAAGCUGCAGUUGAGUCAAACAUAUUAACAGAGAGCAGUAAAAAAGAUGAAAACAUCCCUGUUCCAAAUGGGGUUUUGAGCCAAAAGGAAGAAUUGACAAGCAAUGACAUCCAUAAAUCAAGCAGGAAAACAUCAACUCCAGCCAAACAAGAACAUUCAGAAAAUGGGUUGCAAAACAGUCCAACAUUGCCAAGUUAUAUGGCAGCAACUGCGUCUGCAAAAGCAAAGCUGAGGGCACAAGGGUCUCCUAGGCCUGGACUGGAGGCUACUGAGAAGACUGAGAAAACUAACUCCACUCGCCGUCAUUCUCUGCCAUCAUCGGCUAAUGGCAAAAUCACUUCACAGUCUCCAAGGACACAGAAACUGGUACAAUCAGGUGGAAAAGGUGGAAUCAAAAGUGACAAAUCUUUGUCAGCCUCAAGGGAUGGAAAUGGCAAGGCAAGCCAAGCAGAGUGGAGAAGAUGAAUUGUUAAACCCAUUUGAACAUCUAUUACAAUUAACGUGGCAGGUAUUCAUCUCAGUUUUUGAUUUAUGCAGUGUGAUUCAAAGUGUUGUGAAACCAUAAUGUGGUCUAUUUAGGUAGAGGAUUGCGCUAAGAGCAUCAUGGUCUGUCUGCAAUUUGGAUGUGUGUGAAUGUAAAGACUGGUUGGUUUGGAGUCAUGUGACAUGAUUUCCACCCGUUCCUACUGUGUUGUAUAGCGACUGAUUAUGGUUUGAUUUGCACCUUCAUGUUUGUUAUGGUAAAUGUACAAAACCAUUUGGUACUCGGUUCUGCUUCUGUAUAUUUUAAAACAUUAAUGCUGAUUACCAAGAGAAAUCAAAUAGUA